AUGUCUCCCUCAACCUCACCCCCUCGACCAGAAAUGGUCCAGAUAACCUCCCCUUCAGACCCAGAACAAGCAAUCUCACCAACAAUAACCCGCAUCAACGCAGCCUACGACUGGACAUCCCCCAGCGACCCUUCCAACCCCCGAAACUUCUCCCUCCUCACCAAAACCCUCAGCAUAGCAUCUAUAACAUCCCUCGCGUGGUCAUCCUGUAUCGCCGGCGCAAUAUACGCUCCCGCCCAAACAGCCGUCAGCCAUGACUUUCAUACAAACCGUUUACUUACUGUCCUGCCUCUGAGCUUGUAUAACCUCGGCAUGGCGUGUGGUCCACUCGUCGGAGCACCGCUAUCUGAAACAUAUGGCCGCAAGACGGUAUAUGUUGCUACGACGCCUAUAUUCCUUGCUUUUCUGCUGGGAUCGGGAUUUGCGCGGGAUAUCGUGAGUUUAUCGAUUUGUCGGUUCUUUGCAGGGAUGUUUGCGUCGCCGAAUGUUAAUAAUACAUCUGCUACUAUAAUGGAUUACUGUGCGCCGCAGUAUCGGGGUGCGAGUUUGGGGAUAUACUACUCGAUUCCUUCGCUUGGAGCAGCUGUUGGACCGCUUGUUGGGGGGUUUGUGCAGAGGUCUUUUGGGUGGCGUUGGACGCAGUGGGUUGCUGUUGUGAUAACGUGUGUUCUUUACAUACCUGUUUUGUUCACGAGGGAGACUUAUAAAAAGGUUGUUCUACGAAGACGAGCUAUCAGGAUGGGGUUGGGUGAUAGCUCGUCUCAGCAAACAACUGUUGUUAGGACGAUUCGACACUUCUUUACGGUUCUUAUCCUUCGACCGCUUCAUAUGCUAUUUACUGAACCAAUCGUCACUCUAGUCAGUCUCUACAACGGCUUUAUCUUUGGAUUAUUGUACACAUUCAUCAUAUCCGUCCCGUGGAUCUUCAGACAUUACUAUGAUUUCAGCGCAACUGGCGAAUCCCUCUCAUAUCUGGGCAUAACUCUCGGCACGCUCUUCGCCUGCGCGCCCUUCGUCCUAAUCGACUUCUCAUACUAUCAAAAGCGUCUUAUCCACUGGAUCCAAAUCCACGACCUAAGCGAGCCUUUUCCCCCAGAGCACCGUCUCAUCUCCUCCAUGAUCGGGAGUUUUCUCCUCCCCGCCAGUCUCCUCAUAGCAGGAUGGACAGCUGAAUUCCGCGUCCACUGGAUUCUCCCCAUCUUCUUCCAGGGACUGACGAUGAUGGCAUGUCUUUUGAUCUACGCUGGUAUAUUCGUUGAGCUUUGCGUUCCCGAUGUUUUCGUUGCAGAUGUUUGA